AUGGCCAUCGAUCGCUGUGCUGCAACAGACCCAGCCACUGAUCUCCGUCAGACCCAGCCACCGAUCACCAUUAGACUCAGCCACAGAUCUCCGUCAGACCCAGCCACCGAUCUCCCUCAGACCCAACCGCUGUUCACCGUCAGACCCAGCCGGCGAUCACCAUCUAAUCCAACCGCCGAUCUCCCUCAGACCCAGCCACCGAUCACCAUCACACUCAGCCACAGAUCUCCCUCAGACCCCGCCACCGAUCUCCCUCAUACCCAACCGCCGAUCUCCCUCAGACCCAGCCACAGAUCUCCGUCAGACCCUGCCACGAUCUCCAUCAGGCCCCACCACCGAUCUCCCUCAGACCCAGCCACAGAUCUUCGUCAGACCCAGCCACCGAUCUCCUUCAGACCCAGCCACCGAUCUCCUUCAGACCCAGCCACCGAUCUCCAUCAGACCCAGCCACCGAUCUCCUUCAGACCCAGCCACCGAUCUCCUUCAGACCCAGCCACCGAUCUCCUUCAGACCCAGCCACCGAUCUCCUUCAGACCCAGCCACCGAUCUCCAUCAGACCGAGCCGACCCAGCCACCGAUCACUGUCAGACCCAGCCACCAAUUUCCGUCAGACCCAGCCGCGAUCUCCGUCAGACCCAGCCACUGAUCUCCGUCAGACCCAGCCGCCGAUCUCCGUCAGACCCAGCCGCCGAUCUCCAUCAGAAUCAGCCGCCGAUCUCCAUCAAAACCAGCCACCGAUCUCCGUCAGACCCACCUCCCAAUCUCCUUCAGACCCAGCCCCCGAUCUCCAUCAGACCCAGCCACCGAUCUCCUACAGACCCAACCCCCGAUCUCCAUCAGACCCAGCCACCGAUCUCCUUCAGACCCAACCCCCGAUCUCCAUCAGACCCAGCCACCGAUCUCCUUCAGACCCAUCCCCCGAUCUCCAUCAGACCCAGCCACCGAUCUCCUUCAGACCCAACCCCCGAUCUCCCAUCAGACCCAGCCCCCGAUGUCCAUCAGCCCCAGCCCCCGAUCUCCUUCAGACCCAGCCCCCGAUCUCCAUCAGACCCACCUCCCAAUCUCCUUCAGACCCAGCCCCCGAUCUCCAUCAGACCCAGCCACCGAUCUCCUACAGACCCAACCCCCGAUCUCCAUCAGACCCAGCCACCGAUCUCCUUCAGACCCAACCCCCGAUCUCCAUCAGACCCAGCCACCGAUCUCCUUCAGACCCAACCCCCGAUCUCCAUCAGACCCAGCCACCGAUCUCCUUCAGACCCAACCCCCGAUCUCCAUCAGACCCAGCCACCGAACUCCUUCAGACCCAGCCCCCGAUCUCCCAUCAGACCCAGCCCCCGAUGUCCAUCAGACCCAGCCCCCGAUCUCCAUCAGACCCAGCCCCUGAUGUCCAUGAGACCCAGCCCCUGA